GAAGCCGUCAUUUGUGCGGUCAUUCGCUAUGCGCCUAUUAACUUGUAAAGAGGCGCAGGACUUUUUCCGUCGUUCUUUGGUAAUUGUGGCGCUGAUGUGGAGCCCUGUGGUGGUUAUCGUUAUGUCCCGGGAAUUAAGCAUCCUAUCAGCAGCGCUCACACGACAGGCUGCUAGAAGGCGGUGAAGUUUUAAAAUAACCCAAGACACGGUUUGGUCGCACCCAAAAACUCCCAUGUACGUGAGGGUGAGAUCUCUGAGAUGUUUGGUGAGUCAAGCGGCAGUGCGGUCUGCCAUGUUGGAGCAUGGCCAAGCGAAUUAAACACGCGCUUCACUGUAGCGUGUGUAAUUUUGUCUUGUCCCACAUUGCCGUUUUUGUGGUUACAUAUUUCACUUGUUAAAUCGUAACUGUAUAUAAUAUGUAUAGUUUUCGAUGUGUACUUGAGCAGAAAACAGAUUAAUGUGUAAGACUAUAUAGAUAUAAAAUAAAGGUAAUAUUAUGACGGUACUCUUUACAGAUAUAUACAGAUUCCCAUCGGUGCUGAAGGAUGCCUACCUACUCCUGACAAGGAACACUAUAGGCACCCAUACCACUUAUUAUUGAAGUGGUCUGGGUGCAGUGUGCCUGUCCACCUUAGUUCUGCAAUGUGGCAGUCGUGUAUAUGUAAGUGCCAGUGUAAAGGGGUUAUUUGAAACAAAAUUAAAGGGACACUAGUCACUCAGACCACUUCAGCUCAAUGAAGUGGGUCUUCCGGACAGCCACUAGAGGCGCAUCUGUGACGAUGGAGGCAUUUAUAAGCCUUAUCCCUGCCCUGCGGAGCCCAGCCUGCACUGUGCCCUGGCUGAGUGAAGAUGGAUUCAUUUUUUUUUUAGCUCUGGGUUUUUUCUUUGUCAGAUUUUUAAAAAAAUUUUUUUUUUUUUACAAGAUUGAGUAUUAUGGUUUUUAUUUGGCCUUUUUUGGGGGAGAAAUAUGAAAAAAAACCUCAAAAUGGUAAGUUUUUUUUUUUUUUUUUAAUUGAUUUAUUUAUUUAUAUAUCUAACUAUAUAUAUAUAUAUAUAUAUAUAUAUAUAUAUAUAUGUUUUACAUGUAGUUAGUUCUUUUGUUCCCCACUCACUAUUUUAUUGUGAGGUAGAUAGGGGAUUAUUUUUUUAUUUGUGUGGGGGCUUGGGGACCACUAGUUACCUUAGGAGGGGGGCAUUUUAGUUUAGAGCUCCCACCCGCCGCUCAGGGGUGGGGGCCGGGGGGAGGACAAUAGGCUCCCCCCAUUGUCUUUUAUUAUUUAUAUAGCGCUACCAGAUUCCAUAGCGCUGUACAAUGGGUGGACUAACAGACAUGUAAUUGUAACCAGACAACUGAACGUACAGGAACAGAGAAGUGGAGGGCCCCCACCUGCCGCUCGGGCGGGGGAGACAAUAGUUUUUCUCCCCAUUAUCAUUUAUGGACCACCACUGGGUGGGGAACAAUAGGUCCCCUCCCCCCAUUGUCUUUUAUGGCCCCCACCCACCGCUGGGGGGGGGGGAGACAGUAGGUCCCCACCUGAUUGUUGUUAUUUAUGGCCCCUACCCACCGCUCAGGGGUGGGGGGCCGAGGGGACAAUAGGUCCCCCCAUUGCUAUUUAUGGCCCCUACCCACCGCUCAGGGGUGCGGGGGGACAGUAGGUAUCCCCCUCGUUAUCCUUUAGGGCCCCCAUCCGCCACCGGCUGCUCACUGCUUAAUAGACAUGUCCCUACUCGUGGUAUGGCGAGUAGGGGCAGAAUUUACUUAUACGAGGUAAUCUUUACUUAGUAUUAGUAAAUUUGGCUGUAAGACAAAUUUAGGUCUUUCAGCCUUUUGGUAGAUAGCUCCCUAAUACCGUGGAAAUUAGGGAGUUAUCUACUAAGCGGCUGCAAGAUGCAGCCGCGGCACGAAUAGGAUCGGAGUUUCAUUCACUAGAUUGAAAUUCCCAUACGAACAAAGUCCCGAAUUGCGUUCUAACACGAAUGGAGAAACUGUUCUCAUUCUGUAAGAACGCAAUUUGGCAGUUUUGCCGGCGGCCUGUCUAAAUGACAAGACGUUCGGUAAUACUGACAGGAAGCAUCGCGGGAACAGGGAGGAAAGUCAAACAUUGUGGGAAAAUUUCUCUGACCACUGGAAAUGAAGAACACUUUGCUGGCCAAAUUAAAGCUGGUUCUGUUUUAAUGAAAAUGGUUUUGAAGUAUUAGGAAAUUCCGUUGUCAACAGAUCUCCUGGAGAACGAAGGGGUUCCAGUAGAGGUGUUGCAAAUGUUCAAAUUGACAGCUUUGCUGCUGCUGCACGGCUAAUCCUGCAAAAUAAGGGCAUUAAGAAAGAGCGGUACAAGUUGCUGCUAAAUUGUACCAGAAGCUCCACCUCCUCUAUCUACUUGAAAAUUUGAUAUAAUUUCUUCAUUGGUGCAUAUCUCAUCAUUGCAGAAGAUCUUCUACUGAUACAAUCUUGUAUUUUCUUCAAGACUGCCUUUAAAAAGUUCUUAGUUUAUCUAUAUGACGGACCGCCUGGCACCCUGACUGGAUACCUCUGUCAAUCAAUGAUUCAUAGCUGACGCUGAGGACCAUAAGCACUGCAAACUUCACGAACCAUCUCAGCUUGGUUGUGGUCUCGUCAUCCUCCACCCACCCUGGACCCAAGACCAGGAUCCAGCUUUCAGUGGGUGAACCUCUUCUCCAAGAGAGUAUAGCGGUGAAGCUACAAUAAGAGACAGAACUCUGUAUUGAGGGUGAAGUAAAACUUGUUUAAUGGUAGCCACACUGGCCUUUUAUGCAAGUCCCCAUGCAAGUGGGUACGCCCACAUGGACUUUACUUGGGAUAGGGACACAAAUUUACAAUGUAAGGCACUCCCACACAUGACACACAAUCCCUCCCUCUGCUCGGGAGAUAAUUGGAUCAGUAACUGUACUAAUUCUAAUCCAGUUAUCUCCAAGCACAGAAAAACCAUACAUUUCUAAAAAGUACCCCAAAACACACAUACCCUGAUAGCCUUGAUCUGGGUAACCAACGUAUCCAAAAAUCACCCAGAUCAGUUCAGGAAUUUCCUGGAAGUCCUUUAUUUGACCGACCGCUGGCAUGGUCCCAUGCCCAAAACGAUUCCAAAGAAUCAUGGGUUGUGGUCGGUAUAGUUAGGUAGUUUGAAAACCAUCAAACUACCAAACAGAGUCAAGUCUUAACCUGGAACUUGUUCCUUUCAUCUAGACGAAUGAUCCCACUGAACAGUGCCCUUCUAAAUUGAAUAGAACCGAACACAGGUGAUGAUGGAAGUCCACCUGUGUUCGGGAGUUUCUGUAUCCGAUUUCAGUUCCAUGAGAUUCAUGCCCAAACACCUCUGCCUGCGUUCAUGCGAACAAGAUGGCCACCAUCUCGUGGUUGUCCAUAGGAAUUGCGGCCACCCAGAUGAUGACUGACUAAUUAUUAAGUGAUGGUGAAAGUGAAAAGUUUUGGAAGUAAAGUGAAAAGUUUGUGAAUGUUAUGGUUAUCAAGUUAUGGUGGUAUGCCCCCAUUUCAAGCUUUAAAUAAACACCACAGCCUAGCCCAUUGAAAUAAAAUAAACUGUGUCUGUGUUUGUGUGGUCUGUUAUUUAUGUGAAAUAUUGCCUGCCAAAGAUAUUACCGUAAAUUCCUUUUUCUUUAAUAUGGUGGCAGUAAAUCACUCCCUCCCUAUGUUAAUAAAUUUGAUAUUUUUGCAGUAAUAAGUCUGAGGUUUUAUUGGGACGUACUGAGGUUCCAUGGCAGGUUGCUGUCUUAUACCUGUUGGGGGAGGAACUUUUAUGUUAAUUUUUAAAUUUAGAGGUUUGUCCCAUGGGUAUCCCUAAUGGAAUUUACGGUGAGUAAAAUUGCAGGUUUUUUUUUGUUUUUUUUUUUUGUUUUUUUUUAUAUGUAAAUGUUUAGAAACCAUUGCCUUAAUCUUUCAUAUUUUUGGGAAAUUAUUUUAAACAUUGAUUUACUUGAACCAAAAAUAUUAAGUCGAGGUCCUUGUUAAACAUGACUUUUAAUUUUGUUCUCACUGCAGACCAUGAAGCGAGUGCGCACAGAGCAGAUUCAGUUGGCAUUAACUUGCUAUCUAAAGCGUCGACACUACAUAGAUGUGGAAGGGUCUCUCAAGCAAGGAUUGCGUCUGAGCCAGACUGCUGAGGAAAUGGCAACUAAUCUGACUGGUAUGUUGUAGUGUUGGAUUAUCAUGAUAUAGUUGUACUCUAUUAGGUGUACUGUCCUUUGGAGGGGAAUGCUGAAUACACAUGUUCUUGCUUCUUUGAUUUUUCCAUUUUACUGCUUACUUUACCCGCCUCAAUCUGCUGCUACUUCUUCUUACAUCCCAAGCCUUACAUUAAAGGGACACUCCAUAUACCUAAACUAACCUGGUGACAUACACCCCCUGGUUUUCAGUCAGUCAAGUUCUCCUGUUACUUCCUUGUUUGAAGUGUGUGUGUGUGUGUGAGAGAUGCAUGGGCGGUUGGGCUGUGUGCUUGUAUGUGUGUGUGUGUGUAUUGUGAUGGAUGGGCAUUGGGCAGUUGGGCUGUUUUGGGCUGUGAAUGAUGCACUUCCUUUCUUUUGGUUCUUUACUUCCUGUUGGCAGUUGGUGGAAUGUUCCAGGGAUUUGAAAUGGCGGCUGCAUAAACCCUGUGUAACAAGGCUGCAAUAUGAAGAUCCUGUUAUAUAUGUAUUAAUAAAGUGAGUACUUCGUUAUGCAGGAAUUAUUGGCUGAUUUGUACAAAACAUCUCAGUGGUGACGAGGCUGUAGAACGCUAACCGACAUGGCAGCCAUUGGCACUAUAAAGGACUUUGAUCCUGACUCAGAUUUAUGGGCCUCUUGGGUUGAAAGGCUUGAACAAUAUUUCACAGCUAAUGAUAUUCCUGACAAUAAACAGGUCGCUGUUUUUCUAACAGUUAUAGGAGCCAGAACGUAUAAUACGCUAAGGCAGUGUUUCCCAGCCCAGUACUCAAGGCACACGUACCAGUCCAGGAUUUAGGGAUUACCCAGUUGUGUCUAAGGUGUU